GAGAACGCGAGAGUCGGUGACUCGCAUCUCCACGAAACCCAUAUCCAACGGUUGUUAGAUGCUGUUUAGUUUCUUCAAAAUUUGAUGCUCUAUCUCCAGAAGAAAGCCCUUCGUUCCCGCCUUUUCAUUUACCCGCCAUAAGAUCUUAGAGUAGGAAGUCGGUUGUAGCAGACAAGGAGAUGUGCGGGAGAGCUCAGUGUACUCUCAGGGCAGACGAUAUUCCCAGGGCUUGCCAUCGCAAUAACGCCCCUGUGCGUUUUCUGAACACAGAUCGGUAUCGUCCAUCUUAUAAUGUUUCACCGGGGUGGAAUUUGUCAGUUGUGCGUAGAGAUGGUGGAGCCGAGAGCGAAGGCGUUGUUGUCCAUUGCAUGAAGUGGGGAUUAAUUCCUAGUUUCACUAAGAAAUCGGAGAAACCUGAUUUCUACAAGAUGUUCAAUGCUCGAUCUGAGUCAAUAUCUGAGAAGGCUUCAUUUCGUCGAUUGCUUCCCAAAAAUCGGUGCCUUAUAGCUGUAGAAGGAUUCUAUGAGUGGAAAAAACAUGGAUCGAAAAAACAGCCAUACUACAUUCAUUUUAAGGAUGGUAGACCUCUGGUGUUUGCUGCUCUAUAUGAUUCUUGGGAGAACUCAGAAGGUGAGAUACUCGACACAUUUACAAUAGUUACGACUUCUUCAUCAUCGAGGUUACGGUGGCUGCAUGACAGGAUGCCUGUAAUUUUGGCUGACAAGGCAUCUACUGAUACGUGGUUGAAUAUUUCUUCAACUCCAAAAUUUGAUUCAGUGCUUAAACCAUAUGAGAAAGAUGAUUUGGUGUGGUACCCAGUGACCCCUGCAAUGGGCAAGCCAUCUUUUGAUGGACCGGAGUGCAUCAAGGAGAUACCAUUAAAGAAAGAGGAGAAGAAUCAAAUUUUGAAGUUUUUCUCAACCAAGGAAAGUAGAAAAGAAGGAUCAAAGAGACACGAGGAAAAUCCACUGGAUGAGUCUGUCAAGACUGGUUUUCAAAAAAACUUGAAAGAGGAACCUGAAACUGAAGAUUUCACGGAAAACUUGAAAGAGGAGCUUCAAACAGGAAACUUGAAAGAGGAACCUCAAACUGAAGAUCCCGCAGAAAACUUGAAAGAGGAACCUAAAACUGAAGAUCUCACAGAAAACUUGAAAGAGGAACCUGAAACUGAAGACAACAGAGAAAUUUUAUCCUUAACAAAAAUGGAAAAUAAUGACCCAGAACCAGGGGAUUCUAUUUAUGAGGGUGCGGUAAAGGUCGAAAAAAAACGAGACCGAGAAGAGCUUUUAGCCGAUCAGAAGUCAGUUGUAGAUAAAGUUGAAUCACGCCCAUGGCCAGUGAAGAAGAAGGGAAAACUUAAGAGCACUGAUGAUAAACAACCAACUCUACUUUCUUACUUUGGGAAGAAAUAGUUGUUCUGCAUCUGUACAUACACUCUGCUCACCGUAGCUGUAUCUGAUGUAGGCAAGGAUCUUUUUUUUUUUUUGGGUCGGGUUCCCGUUGGAUUUGCCAGUGAAAUUUAACGAUUUUGUGGGGGAAUUGAACCAUGUAUGAAGCUGUAUUAUAUAAUGUCACUGUGACUCGUUUGUUGGUAUUAGUAGUCGGAUCAAGUGUCGUACUAAAAGUAUUCCACCUCAAGCCUUUUCCAACAACAUUGCAAAUAUAAUUUGUUUAACACAAACAUAUUAAUAAGAAACAGAUUCCAUUCUUUUUCUGCUGGUCCAGAAAGGAAAACUGAAACAGGCAAAUUUUCAUGCCAUUUUCUCUUUGAAUUACCAAAAAAAAAAAAAAAAAAAUCUUAA